UAUAAUUAUUGGUACUGGACAGAGUUCCAAGUUGCUUUUCCAUAUCACAAUUCACAAAGUCAACAACUCCCAUUUCUGUCUCUUGGUAGUCUCUCCCAUCCUGUGAAGCACACUAUUCUUCAAACUUGUUCUUAGUUACAAAUUUACAAUAAUGGGGGUUGAGAAGCAUGGACCAUAUGGUUCUAACGGUCCACCAAAUUGGAGUGUAGUGCUUGAUAGUAUACAAAGUGUCAAAGAGUUGUCAAUCUGCUAUCUAUAUGUUGUUAAUGGCAUUGAGUACGUUUGUGGAAUUGAGUUCAUAGUAGCUGAUAAUUGUGGGAGUACCACUACUAAAAUGAUCGGAUACAAAGGUGAUGUUGAUUCGGAUAAGAUUAUUCUAAAGCCUGAUGAAUACAUAACACAAAUUUGCGGGACAAUUUAUUUUUCCGGCAUCUCUUGGUUGAGCAUAUACACCAACUUAUGUCCCGGUGGUUACGGACGAACGAAACAAAUACACUUUUCGAAGGGUGCGUACGAUUUCUGUACUCCAGAUAUAUCAGAUGGUAGUUCGAUAGUUGAGUAUUUUGGAAGAUAUAAUAAUGAAUUUAUUGAAUCCAUAGGAGUUGGCAUCGGAAAGGGAUCUAAGUUGGAGGAGAAGAUAGAAGAGAAAACAGAUGAAAAGAUGGCAGAGAAGAUACCAAAAGUGAUAAAAGAGAAGAAAGGUAGCAUUGCCUUCUUCGCGACAUAUCGACCACCUGUGGCAUUAGACAUAUACUCAACCAAAUAUCCACUCACGUCGAACCAAGAUGAGAUACUUAUGACGGACGGACAUUCCUACAACUACAACGGUCAAGUUAUCCCACCUUUGGCUCUCAAGAUAAUGCUUCAGCGUCCACUGUUGCGUGACCACGGCACCGAGCGUGAUGUGAACUUGGGACGUCUAUCCGGCAUGAUUUUCGUGUCGGAACGAUCCCAUAACCUCGAGACACUUCAUAUAGCUCUUCUUUUCCAAGACCAGCCACCCAAAGUAUUCAAUUUCGCGGAAGUUUAUGAUACCUUCAAGGGUGUUCGCAUGGAAGAUAGCGGUUGUAUUGCUGGUGACUACCUUAUCUAUGUCUCCACUAUGGAGCCUUCCCCUGAGCCUCAUCAACCUUGGACUGCUGUUUAUAAAACCAACCUUAAGACCGGCAAAACUGAACGCCUCACACUACAAGGACAAGCAGAUUUGAGUCCCUCUGUGUCUCCAGAUGGGAAAAGGAUAGCGGUUGCAUCUUUCCAAAGAAAAGCUGGUUGGGAUGGUGAAGUUGAGGAUCUAAAGACUAGUAUUUUUGUUAUGAAUGUUGAACGGCCCUUGAACCGUCAGUUGGUUGUCAUCGAUGGUGGUUGGCCAACUUGGGGAAGUGACAAUGUCCUAUUUUUCCACCGUAAUAUUGAGAAGGUAAAGAAAGAAAAACGUUGGGGUGUGUUUCAAGUCGAUCUUCGUGUCGAUCCUACGCAUGUAAAUCGUGUAACACCAGAGAUGAUCAAUGCUAUGACUCCAGUUGCCAUUGAUGAGACUCGAGUGGCGGUUGCCACUCUUCGUCGAAGAUUCUCACUCGACGAACAGGAAGAACGUGAUGAAGAUCAAUAUCGGCACAUUGAGAUUUUUGACACAAAUAAAUCAAAAGACCAGUUUGUAGAAAUUACUCGAAAGACAAGACCUAAAGCUGAUCAUUUUAACCCUUUUAUGAUAAUUGGCAAGAAUGGAGAAAAACGAAUCGGUUACCACCGUUGCAAUAGUGACCAAGUUAACACGUAUAAUGUUGUUGACAAAGAUUUCUACAAGCUACAAUCUCCGGAUCCAGAUAUAGGAGUAUUCAGAGUUUCAGGAGUCUUUCCAUCAAUUUCAGAAUGCGGCAAAAAACUUGCAUUUGUGGAUAAUGAGUUCAAGGCCGUUUGGGUGGCUGAUAGCAGGGGGUUGCACAUGGUUUUUUUUUUUGGUAAACAUGGCAGGUUGCACAUGGUUUACAAGAAAAAUGACUCGGACAGCGUAUUUUCGCCAGUGUGGAAUCGCAAAAAGGACAUACUCUAUGUAUGCGUCGGUCCUUCUUUCAGCAAAGAUGCAAUGGUUCGGAUAUUGGCAAUUUCCGGUGUCUCUGAAGAAAAAAGAGGGUUCAAAUGGCUAACGUACAAGAGUUAUAAUAGUGCUUUCCCCUCAAGCAACCCAGACGGGACGAGGCUAGUUUAUCGAUCUACAAAGCACGGGCCAAAGAACUUGUACAUAAUGGAAAAUGCAGAAUUAGGAGAAUUCGAGGAAGCCAAAGUAACAAGACUAACAAAAGGAAAUUGGACAGACACACAUUGUCAAUGGUCUCCAACACAAGAUUGGAUAGUAUUCUCAUCGAAUCGUUCAUAUCCCACAGCAAAAACAUUUGAAGAUCUACCUGAUGCGGGAUACUUUGGGGUGUACCUCGUGAACGCAAAUAAUGAGGAUGUGGUGAUAAAAGUAAUAGAUAGUGGAUAUACUUAUUUAGGAGGAUUAUUUCCUGGACAUGUGAACCAUCCUUUCUUCAGUCCUGAUGGUAAGAGCCUUGUUGUUACUGCUGAUCUUGCAGCAGUGUCGUGUGAUCCGGUGUCGAUGCCUCUCUUCCUACAUUCGGUAAGACCAUAUGGAGAUAUAUUUGUUGUCGAUAUCGAUGGUGAUGAUAUAUAUAAGAACGAAAAUUUGAAGAAGUUCACUCGCGUCACACAUAGUAGAUAUGAGAACUCCACUGGUACUUGGACUGAGGCUUCAACUAAGGACUUGCAUGCAAAAUGGAAUGUACGAAUAGCCGACGAUGAUGAUACCAAUAAGAACAUCAUACAAUGCCCAUAUCAACGCUACUGUUGAUUAGACUUAUGGUUGUUGACAUCUCCUUUCAUUAUUAGCGUGUUUUGUUUAAAUUGCAGUAAAUUGUUGUUCGGUCGAAAACCAAUCAUAGCAUAUGGAGGAUUGAAAAUAAAAUUUUAUUUCACUUUAAAGAUAACUAUGGGAUAAAUAUAGAUUGGAUCAUGACAUGUGUAACAAUUCUAAACCACGUUAUGUAAGUUGAGAAGAUGUUUGCAA